AGUAUAAUUGUUUAUUUACUAGUCUUUUCUUCUCUCCAAUCAUUUCAUUUUUUCUCAGAUAUUUUAUUUUCUUUUUAUUUUCUCAUGGUUUCCGGCGAGAGAAAAGGAAGUAGAGGAGUAGAAGAAAUAAAUUUCUCAGCUUCUACGAAACUAUUUCUUUUAUUUAUCUAUCUUUAGUCUUUACUUAUAAAUUAUAUUAUCUUUGAUCAAGACAAAACUUUGUUUGAAUUUUGCCAAACAAACAUCUCAUCAUCUUUAUCUUGUUCUCUCCUAAAAGAAAGAGAUUUAAUGGAACAACAUUUAAAGGAUUCAGUAUCAGGUCAUUCUGGAGGUUCAUUCAAUAUACCAUCAUUGCCUAUUCCUAGAAAGGCAGGAAGUGGUGUGUGGGGGAUCCCAAGUGGAAGAGAUGCAUUUCUUGCAUCAAAUGAUGCAAGCUUGUUUUCUAGCUCUUUGCCCGUCCUUCCUCAUGAGAAAUUGAACUUUGCUGAUCCAGAGGAUCAUAGUAGACUUGUUGAUGAUAGCUCGCCAAAUUUAAACAAGAUUGACAUAGAAAGUGGCGUGAAGGAUCCACUUGAAGGUGUUGAACCAAAUGCUGAUGGAACUUUGCUUCCUGAUGAAGACGAGCUUCUUGCUGGCAUAACGGAUGAUUUUGAUCUUAGUGGGUUGCCUAGCCAAUUGGAGGAUUUAGAAGAUUAUGAUCUGUUUGGCAGUGGAGGGGGGAUGGAGUUGGACUUCGAACCUCAAGAGAGCCUUAGGUUUGAGAUAUCAAAGCUUAACAUAUCUGACGGGGUUGCUGGAAAUGGAAUUGCUCACUAUCCUCUCUCUAAUGGUGUGGCAACUGUGGCUGGGGAACAUCCAUAUGGCGAGCAUCCUUCAAGAACACUAUUUGUUCGAAAUAUCAAUAGCAAUGUUGAGGACACUGAAUUGAGGUCCCUUUUUGAGCAAUAUGGGGAUAUCAGAACUUUAUACACUGCAUGCAAACAUCGGGGUUUUGUAAUGAUAUCUUACUAUGAUAUCCGAGCUGCUCGGACUGCAAUGCGUGCAUUACAAAAUAAGCCCUUAAGACGAAGAAAACUGGAUAUUCAUUUUUCAAUUCCUAAGGAUAAUCCCUCAGAAAAGGAUAUAAAUCAGGGGACUCUUGUGGUGUUUAAUUUGGAUUCUUCAGUAUCCAACGAUGACCUGCGUCAAAUUUUUGGGGCAUAUGGGGAGUAAAGAGAGAUCAGAGAAACACCACACAAGAGACACCAUAAAUUCAUUGAGUUUUAUGAUGUUAGAGCUGCUGAGGCAGCCCUCAGAGCAUUGAAUAGGAGUGACAUAGCUGGGAAACGCAUAAAGCUUGAACCUAGCCGCCCUGGUGGAGCACGUCGAAAUCUGAUGCAGCAGCUAAGUCAGGAGCUGGAACAAGACGAAGCCCGAGGUUUUCGGCAUCAAGUAGGCUCUCCGCUGACCAACUCUCCUCCAGGUAACUGGGCACAAUUUGGUAGCCCAGUUGAACAUAAUUCUUUGCAUAGUUUUAGUAAGUCUCCUGUUCUGGGAACAAUGAAUCCUAUAAAUGGUAACCAUUUGCCUGGGUUGGCAUCAAUUCUCCCACCUCAUUUGUCUAACUCUGGAAAGAUUGCUCCAAUUGGCAAGGACCAAGGAAGGGCCAAUCACACAAACCAGAUAUUUAGUAACACUGCACCAGUGCAAGGAGCACCCUUUCAGCAUUCUCAAUCCUUUCCUGAACAGAAGUUGAGUGCAAGUCCUGGGCCUAUAUCUCCUUUUGGUGAAUCAAAUUCAAAUUCUUCAGGUGUUGGAACUUUGUCUGGUCCUCAGUUUUUAUGGGGAAGUCCCACUCCUUACUCUGAGCGCUCCAGCUCUUCUGCUUGGCCGACAUCACCAGUGGGGCACCCAUUUUCAUCUAGUGGACAGGGACAGGGCUUUCCAUACGGUCGGCAUGGAUCAUUUAUUGGUUCACAUCAUCAUCAUCAUGUGGGAUCUGCUCCUUCUGGUGUGACCCUUGAUAGACAUUUUGGCUUUUUCCCAGAGUCACCAGAUACAUCCUUUGUGAACCCAAUUACAUUUGGGGGCAUGGGUGUAAAUCACAAUAACGGAAGUUAUGUAAUGAACGUUGGGAGUCGUGUUGGUGGCCUUCCUGGAAAUGUGACUGAAAAUGGUUCUCCUAGUCUUCGAAUGAUGUCAUUGCCAAGGCAUGGUCCUGUGUUCCUUGGAAAUGGUUCCUAUCCUGGACCUGCAACAGCAAGUAAUGAGGGAUUGACUGAACGUGGUCGGAGUAGGCGAGUUGACGGUAGUGCAAGCCAGAUUGAUAGCAAGAAGCAGUAUCAGCUUGAUUUGGACAAAAUCAUUAGUGGGGAAGAUACUAGGACUACUUUAAUGAUUAAAAACAUUCCUAAUAAGUAUACUUCAAAGAUGUUGCUGGCUGCCAUUGAUGAGAAUCACUGUGGUACUUAUGAUUUUCUCUAUUUGCCAAUUGAUUUUAAGAAUAAGUGCAACGUGGGUUACGCUUUCAUCAAUAUGGUCUCUCCUUCACGCAUCAUAUCCUUCUAUGAGGCUUUUAAUGGGAAGAAAUGGGAGAAGUUCAACAGUGAGAAAGUUGCAUCACUGGCAUAUGCCCGAAUCCAGGGCAAGGCUGCCCUUGUAACACACUUUCAAAACUCAAGCCUAAUGAAUGAAGACAAAAGAUGCAGGCCAAUUCUCUUCCACUCAGAGGGCCAAGAGACAGUUGAUCAGGAACCCUUCCUUUCUGGCAAUUUGAACAUCUUUAUUCGUCAACCAGAUGGGUCUUAUGCUGGCGAUUCCUUGGAAAGUUUAAAGGGCAAUCUGGAUGAGAAGCCUGAGAAGAUUUAACAGAGCAUUGGAAUUCUUACUCUGGGCCAGAAGUAAUAGUGGCUUAGAGUGCUGACUGUUUCAUAGGUAAUUAAGUGUACAAAGUUGGAAGAGAAACCAAGUGUAUAUUAUGGUUGGCAUUAUGUGCAGUGUCCGCUUUUCAGUCAUGGACACUCCAUAUACUCACUAAAAAGCAGAGAGCAUUUUGUUAAUAUUUAGAUCAACUAAUUGUUAUUGAACCAGGAGAGAGGAAUAAGGUGGAAGCAUAUUGCUGGGAAGUGAAGGAGUUGCUCAGCGAUUUGUGGAUUAUCGCUCUUCCUAGGUUUCAUCUGUUUAGGUUUUCUUUUGUAUUUAGAGUCCAUUUGCAAAUAUCAUCACAUGUUUAUAUCAGUAAAUGUCUAUUGGGGGGGUGUAGGGUUAAGUGGUGUUUACAAAAUUGUAUAGGGUGAAAAGACGCCGCACUGUGUUGAUUAUUUAGUUAAGAAAACUUGUAUUUCACGAGAUAAAAGGUUUGUACAGAUAUUCCAUUACUUUAUCAUUGACACAACUAUUACUCUCCUUUAUGCAGAAUACUUUAAUUAGUAAUAA